CUGUCGGGAAGACCGCCUUACACGUUGACAACAUUCCAGAGGCAAGGAAUGGGGAGGGGGCAGCGAGCAGGCCACUGACACCGCUUCUCCACUCGCCACCGUGAGACCGCUCCUGCAGCGCUCCUCGUCCCAGCCCUCUCCAGCAGCGCAUUCCCACCGCGCCCACUCGCUACAGUGUUCCACUCGCUACAGUGUAUCAUUCCCAUUGUUACACUCGCUACACUGUAACUCUCCCGCCCGCUACACUGUAACUUUUCCGCAGCCCUUGCUCGGUUACUUUGUGUCUGUACUACGAUGAACCCGCUGCUUGUCCCCUGCGCCUGCCUGCUCCUGGCCGCCGUGCUGUGCGAGCCCGGGCCGCUGUCCGAUAUCCUGGUCGACAGAUACUUCACCCCACCCGACUGCUCCCGGGAGGUGCACAACGGGGACUUCAUCCGCUAUCACUACAACGGCACCUUCGCCAACGGCGACAAGUUCGACUCCAGCUAUGACCGGAAAUCCACCUUCAACGUACAGGUGGGAAAAAGCCCGGCUGAUCCCGGGAAAUGGACAAAAGCCGUCCUGGGAAUGUGCGGGUCAACGAACGACGCCGCAGUAAUUCCCCCACAUCUGGCUUAUGGCAGCCAGGGAGUCGAUAACGUCAUCCCCCCAGAUGCCACCCUCUACUUUGACGUUGUCCUCCACGACAUCUGGAACCAGAAGGACAAGGUGCAGACCAAGACCGAGUACAGACCGGCCACCUGCAACCGUACGGUGCAGAACUCCGACUACAUCCGCUACCAUUACAACGGCACUCUGCUCAACGGCACGCUCUUCGACUCAAGCCGCGAUCGGAUGAAGACGUACGAUACGUACAUAGGAAUCGGCAGCUUGAUCAAGGGCAUGGAGGAAGGUCUACUGGGAAUGUGUGUGGGGGAGAGGAGGACCAUCACCAUCCCUCCCUUCCUGGCCUACGGCGAAGCUGGAUAUGGGAGCAGCAUUCCCCCCCAGGCCAGCCUCAUCUUCGACACCUUGCUGUUGGAUCUUCACAACCAGAACGACACCGUGUCCGUGGAGAACCAGGUCAUCCCCGAGCCCUGCACCCGCAAGAUCGAGUCUGGAGACUUCAUCCGGUAUCACUACAACGGCAGCCUGCUGGAUGGAACCUUCUUCGACUCAAGUUACUCGCGGAAUCGAACCUACGACACCUACAUUGGGAUGGGCUACGUCAUCGGCGGCAUUGACCAAGGCUUAAUGGGAGCGUGUAUGGGGGAGAGACGGCGUGUGGUCAUCCCACCGCACUUGGGCUAUGGAGAGGGCGGGGCCGGCGACAAGAUCCCAGGCUCGGCCGUCCUGGUCUUUGAUGUCCACAUCAUCGACUUUCACAAUCCAAAGGACCGGGUGGAUGUCCAGUCCUACUACAAGCCGGACGGCUGUAACAAGACCUCGCAGCUCACAGACUUCGUCAAGUAUCACUACAAUGCCUCGCUGGUGGACGGCACCCAGCUCUACACCUCCCGGGAUUAUGAUGUACCCCAGUCUCUGACGCUGGGCUCCAACAAGAUGAUCGCAGGGCUGAGCGAGGGGCUGCUGGAAAUGUGCAUUGGGGAGAGACGGAUUUUGAAGAUCCCACCACACCUUGGCCACGGAGAGAAUGGAGCUGGGAAUGUGCCGGGCAGCGCCGUGCUGGUGUUUGAUGUUGAGUUGUUGGAGCUGGCCGACGGUGUCCCAGACGGAUACCUGUUUGUGUGGAACGGAGAGGCGCCAGCCAAACUGCACGAGGAGCUCGACCUGAACAAGGACGGGGAGAUCCUGUACGACGAGUUUUCCAGCUACAUCAUGGCUCAGGUCAAGGUGGGCAAAGGACGUCUGUCUCCGACCGAGGAGCCUGACAAGCUGAUCAAGGACAUGUUUGGGAACCAGGACCGUAACAAGGACGGCAAGAUCACCGCUGACGAGCUGAAGCUGAAGACGGAGGAGGACGGGGAACACAGCGUCAAGGAUGAACUGUAAAGGCUUUCUGAAACAAAAAACUUUCCAUAGUUUCUGGCAGCAGGUAUCCUGCAUUCACUGCACUGGUCAGAAAGGCUUCAGCUCCACUCCCUAUCAUCAUGUCCCAUUGGCCUUUCUUUGUCUCUCUUCAGUUAUUCCUCUCCAGAGUGUCCCUCACCGGACCAAUGAGACCCGGGUUCAAUCCAGACUACGGGUGCUGUCUGUGUGGAGUUUGUACGUUCUCCCUGUGACCGCGUGGGUUUUCUCCGGGCGCUCCGGUUUCUUCCCACAUUCCAAAGACGUGCAGGUUUGUAGGUUUAAUUGGCUUCUGUAAAAAUUGUUAAAUUGUCCCUAGUGUGUAGGAUAGUGCUAGUGUACGGGGUGAUCGCUGGUCGGCACGGGCUCGAUGGGCUGAAGGGCCUGUUUCUGCGCUGUAUAUCUCAAGUCUAAAGUCAGUGGAGAUUGCCAACAUUGAGUCUGGACAGUUCUCGGGGGAGGGGGGGGGGGGGGAGUUCUUUUCCCGAUGUCCACACCAUCUUCCCGCCCUCAACACACAACGUGCUGGGGGAACUCAGUGGGUCAAGCAGCAUCUGUGGAGGCAAUAGACUAUCGACAAUAGACAACAAGUGCAGGAGUAGGCCAUUUGGCCACUUCGAACCAGCACCGCCAUUCAAUGAGAUCAUGGCUGAUCAUCCCCAAUCAGUACCCCGUUCCUGCCUUCUCCCCAUAUCCCCCUGACUCCGCUAUUCUUAAGAGACAGACAACAUCUUGGAUGGAAACCCUUCCUUACAUUGAACCAGUCUGAAGAAGGGUCCCGAUCCGGAAGGUUGCCUGUCCAUUCCCUCCACAGAUGCUGCCUGACCCGCUGAGUUCCUCCAGCACUUUGUGUUUCACUCAAGGUUCUAGCAUCUGCUGUUUCUUGAGUCCAAGGUGCAACCUCUUCUUAUUGCUGAGCUUGUAGACUCGAGUGGUUACCAAUGGGCCAUGGCUGACGUAUUAUCUGCUGACUGCCUUUGCUGUUAUGCUGCAGGUUACCUUCUUGUGUCUGUGAUGUUUUUUUUGUCCAGUUUUCUAUGGAUUUGUUUGGUGUUUUUUUUGCCUCGUGUGAGCAGAUGUUGUACAAAGUAUUUCAGAUGGCCUGGUUUCGUUGGAACGAAGGUUGCUUGUUUACCUUGACAAGUCGGCGCUGUGUCGCUAGGAAUCACGGGGGGAGAACUAACUCUGUGUCUGAGAAAGUUUAAAUAAAUGGUUUGGUACAAAACAAAAA